GGAUAACGGAACAGCUUACUACAAGCCGCCAUCAUUUUGUUGAGAGGCUGGAUGGUUUGUAGGGAGAGUGUCAAAGAAGGUUUACACAGUAUAGUCAAGAUGCAAUUUAUUUGAAGUGCAAUAGCUGAAAAAAAUUCAGCCAAAUACAUUCUACCUCUUUUGGAAAGGAUAUUAGUGCCUUCAGUGGGCAGAGGCCACUUGGCUUCACAUACGUCAACUCUGUGAUAGGAACUGUUCUGAAAAUGGUGUCCUUUCAAAUGGAUCAGAUAUUUAUAAUUUUAUCUGUAGCUUGUCUAUUGAGAGGUGUGACCGGUCAGGGUAGACAAAGAUCGAGAUGUGAACAGGGCAGUUGUUACCCAGCAACCGGGGACUUGUUGAUUGGUCGUGAAAAAUAUAUGUAUGCAUCAUCCACAUGUGGUUCAGAACGACCAGAACGUUAUUGUGUUGUUAGUUAUUUAGAAAAAGACACAAAAUGCUUUCAGUGUGACUCUCGUCAGCCAUGGAGAGAAGGUUUUAAUGACCGUAGUCAUCAAAUAGAAAACAUUGUGUCAUCUUUUAAAGAAAGGCAGAAUCGUUGGUGGCAGGCCAAAAAUGGUGAAAAAAAUGUUUAUAUACAGCUUGAUUUAGAAGCUGAAUUUCAUUUUACGCAUUUAAUUAUGACUUUUAAAACCUUUAGACCAAAGGCGUUACUUAUAGAAAGAUCGUAUGACUUUGGUAAAACCUGGAAAGUUUAUCGUUAUUUUGCUCAGGAUUGUGCUCGUUCUUUCCCCGAUAUACCUCGUGGACCUGUUCGUUCACUGACUGAUGUUAUUUGUGUGCAGAGAUAUUCAGCAGAAACACCUUCUACUGAAGGAGAGGUCAUCUUCCGUGUAUUGUCUCCCGUUAUAAGAGUAAACGAUCCUUAUAGUGAAAAGGUUCAGGAUUUGUUGAAAUUGACAAAUUUAAGAGUAAAUUUUACAGAACUCCAUACAUUAGGAGAUACAUUAUUAGAUUCCCGUCCAGAAAUUAUAGAGAAGUAUUAUUAUUCUAUGUACGAUAUGACUGUUAGAGGUAGUUGUUCUUGUUAUGGUCAUGCUUCAAGAUGUCUUCCAGUACCAGGCUAUGAUAGUAGACCAGAUAUGGUACAUGGUCAGUGUGAAUGUACACAUAAUACAAGAGGCUUAAACUGUGAAAUGUGUGAAGAAUUUUAUAAUGAUUUACCAUGGAGACCAGCCAGACAAAAUCAACCUAAUUCUUGUAAAAGAUGUAAUUGCAAUAAUCAUGCGUCUAAGUGUCACUUUGAUCCGGCCGUGUUUGAAGCUACUGGUAGAAAGAGUGGUGGCGUAUGUGAUGAUUGUCAACAUAAUACAAUGGGACGUAACUGUCAGGAAUGUAAAGUUUAUUUUUAUCAAGAUCCUAACAGAGAUAUCCGAGAUCCUGAAGUCUGUCAGCCAUGCGAUUGCGAUCCAGCUGGUUCUGAACGUAAUGGAGAAUGUGAUAGUAGAACAGAUGAAUUACGAGGUGAAGAAGCUGGUAGAUGUUAUUGUAAGAGACAUGUCAAAGGUCAUCGAUGUGAUAAAUGUGCCGAUAAUUACUGGAAUCUACUAGACACAAAUCCUGAAGGAUGUGAACCUUGUACAUGUAAUCCUAUUGGAACUAUUGGGGAUUUUGGUUGUGAUCAGGUGUCUGGUUUAUGUCGAUGUAAACGUUACGUUUCUGGUAGAAAUUGUGAUGUUUGUGAUCGUGGAUUUUAUGGAUUAAGUGCUAAAGCUUAUGGAUGUGAUCCAUGUGAUUGUGAUAUUGGUGGAUCAUUGAGUGAAACAUGUGACCAAGGUAGUGGACAAUGUCAGUGUCGACCCAACAUAAUAGGUAGAAGAUGUGAUCAGCCAAUAUCAGGAUAUUACUAUGCUGGUUUAGAUUAUUAUUUAUAUGAAGGGGAACAUGGUCGAGGUUCAGGGAAUGCUCGUGUAUAUUUGAGAGAACCUGUUCAAGAAGGUCGUAAUUAUUGGACUGGUACAGGUUAUAUGUUAUUAACAGAAGGAGACAGUGUUGAAGUCAUGUUAGAUAACAUAGAUUUUCCUAUGUAUUAUGAUGUAGUACUUCGAUAUGAUCCUAGGAUGCCUGAUGCUUGGAGUGAUGUACGUGUAACUGUUAUUAGAGAUGAACCUAUAGAUCCACAGGGUCUAUGUGCUAGAUAUGAUCCAGCUGAUGACGUUAAAGAUAUUAGACUGCAACCCAGUAAUCGUUUUAUGAGUGUAACUCCACCAACUUGUUUAGAACCAGGUAAAAAAUACACAAUAAGAUUAGAUAUGAACCGUUAUAAGGAAGGAGAGACAACUCCACAAGCUACAGUUUUAUUAGAUUCAAUUGCAUUAGUACCAAAUACAGAUAGUGUACCUAUAUUCCAAGGUCCAGGUCUUCCUCUAUAUCUAAAGAAUCAAUUUUUACGGUAUAGAUGUGAUAAAAUACAGUUAGGUUCUCUACAAUCUAAUAUACCAGAUGAAUGUAAAAAACAUUAUUUUAGUAUAUCAGCUGUAUUACACGGAGAGGCUUUAGCAUGUGAUUGUGAUUUAACGGGAUCAAUAAGUCGAGAAUGUGAACAAUUAGGUGGACAAUGUCAAUGUAAACCAAAUGUUGUUGGUAGAAGAUGUGAUCAGUGUGCGCCAGGAACAUACAAUUUUGGACCAAAUGGAUGUACUCCAUGUAAUUGUAAUGAUAUGGGAGCAUUAGAUAAUUUCUGUAAUGCUACAAGUGGACAAUGUUUAUGUAUGGAUAAUAUUGGUAGUCGUACAUGUGAUGUAUGUAUACCUGGAAACUGGGGAUUUCCACAAUGUCGAGCUUGUCAAUGUAAUGGUAAUGCUGAUACGUGUGAUAAUCUGUCAGGAAGAUGUAUAAACUGUAGAGAUUAUACACAAGGUGAAAAUUGUGACAGAUGUCUUGAUUUCUACUAUGGUGAACCACGAGGUGGGCGUAUACCAUGUCAACCAUGUAUGUGUCCUGGAGGUCCUAAUAGUGCAUUAAAUCACGCUGAUUCCUGUUCACUAGAACCAAGAUCCAGAUCUUUUGUGUGUGAUUGUAAACCAGGUUACUUGAGACCUAGUUGUGAUCAAUGUGAAGAGAAUUAUUAUGGUAAUCCAUUAGCUGAAGAUGGUAGUUGUGAUCGUUGUGUAUGUAAUAAUAAUAUAGAUUUUGCGACUCCUGGUAGUUGUGAUUCAUCAUCAGGAGAAUGUUUGAAAUGUUUAUAUAACACAGAAGGUUUUAACUGUGAAGUCUGUCAGGAUGGUUACUAUGGUGAUGCUACUCAACAAAGCUGUAAAAGAUGUGUAUGUUCUAACCUGGGUACAGAUGUAUCACAUGGUGAAUGUGAUCGCAGUAAUGGACAGUGUCCAUGUUUACCUAAUGUAAUAGGACAGGAAUGUGAUCAGUGUGCAGCAGGUUACUUUAAUUUGUCUAGUGGUGUAGGUUGUUCACCAUGUAGCUGUGAUCCUACAGGUUCCUUUUCACUAGAAUGUAACCAGAUUGAUGGACAGUGUGAAUGUAGAGAAGAUAGAGGUGGUAGAACAUGUGGUGAUUGUGCUGAUUUCUUGUGGGGAGAUCCACGAGAUCAAUGUUAUGAUUGUGCUUGUGAUAGACGUGGUUCAGCAUCAUUACAAUGUGAAAGACGUACUGGACAAUGUGAAUGUGUACGGGGUGUAACAGGAUUAAAAUGUGAUAGAUGUGCAAGGGGAACAACUGGUACUUUACCCUACUGUGUUCCUUGUGGUGAAUGUUUUGAUAACUGGGAUAAAAUUAUAACUGAUCUCAAAGAUCAAACGAGAAGUUUAGUUGAUCAAGCUAGUAAUAUUCAGUCAACUGGUGCUAUUAAAGCUUUUGAAACAGAAUUCCGUCAGAUGCAGUCCAAUAUAAAUGAGAUACAGAGUAUCAUAUCUAGUUCUAAUUUAACACAAGUAGAUGUACGUGAAAUAGAAACUAUGUUAGACUAUAUCAGACAAAAUUUGACAGAUAAUAGUCGAUCAUUAAACAAUGUUGAUGAUGAAUUGAGCAAUACUACAGCUCGUGUACAGAUAGGAAAUAAUAGAAUAGCUAUAUUACAACAACAGGUAGCUGCUUUAAAUCAACUAGCACAAGGUUUACGAGCUAAUGCUACAGAUAUACAAGCCAGAGAUGUUGAAGGUGCGCUAAAUUUAACAAGACAGGCAGAAAGACGAUCACAAGAAGCACAACGUAAAGUAGACGGAACUGCACCAAUUAUAGCUGAUUCUGAACGAACGCGAAAGAGGGUUGAAGAUCUCAUAGCGGAAAAUGGAGCCAAUUUUAAUGAGAACUUAAAGAAAAAUCAGGAAGAUUUGGAUGAUUUAGAUAAUAAAGUUACAUCACUUGGUGGUAGAAUAUCAGAUUUAAACAACCUGGUAUGUGGUAAACCUGGAGCACCAUGUGAUGUAUUUUGUGGUGGAGGAGGAUGUGGUAAAUGUGGAGGUAGUAAUUGUGGAGAUGGUGCUGUAACUAAGGCCGAGAGUGCCCUUGACCUUGCCAACCAAGCCGCAGAAAUACUGAAAAUUAAAGAAAUGGAAGCAGAUGACCUCUUAGCUGAUGUUCAAGAAACAAAGACAGGAGCAGAAGAAGCUAAGGCUGAUGCACAGAUGGCUUAUGAUGUAGCUGUUAAUGCUAAAAACCAAUCAGAAGCUGCUAGAAAUAAUUUAGAAGGUUUAUUGAAUCGUAUACGUGAUUUCCUUAAACCACUUAAAGCUAAUCCUGAUGAUAUUAAAAAGAUUGCUGACGAAGUAUUAGAUAUGAGUAUAUCUUUAACACCACAACAAAUACAAGAUUUAGCUGAUAAAAUCAAUAAAACUAUACAAGGUCUACAGAAUAUAGAUAAUAUAUUAGAUGAUACUAGAGAUGAUCUAGCUAAAGCACAACAAUUAAAACAGCGAGCUGAUAAUGCUUCACUUGAUGCCAGUGCCAUCUUAAAUACAGCUGAAGAUGUAUUAAAUGCAUUAAAAGGAGCUAAAACUGCCCAGGAAGAAGCAGCUAAAGCCAUUAAACAAGCUGAUCAAGAUAUAAUAGAUGCUGAAUCAGAUCUUACUAUGAUUGAGUCAGAAACUGCUUCUGCUAGUGAUAAAUCUAAUGUUAGUAUGAACAUUCUUACUAAGUUAAAGGAGCGGCUCAACAAUUUACGAUUGAAAUAUACAGAAAACGAAAUAAAUAUUGAAAGAGCAGAAGAGGCUGUCAAAAUGGCCACAGAGUUAGCUAACAAAGCAGAAAGAGAUGCGGAUGAAUUAAGCAAGAAAUAUCAGGAUGCCUCAUCACAAUUAAACUCUAAUUUUGGUUCUACAAGUGAUUCAGUUACAAGAGCUAAGAAAUUAAUGGAAAGAGCUGAUACAUUAGCUAAAAAUACCCAAGAUAAAUAUCUUAAACUUAAAAAAAUCCAAGAAGAAUUUGAUCAGAAUCAAAAAACAUUGAUAGAAUUAUCUGAUUUGAUUGACAAAUUAAAUGCCAGAAUGGAUGAAUAUUUAGUAAAUAUUCAAGAUAAAGCAAAAUAUUACAGAGAUUGUUAAAACUGGUGAUAUAUUAAAAUGGCUGAGUCAAAUGUAGUUAGUUGGCAGCAUUGUAUAUAGAUAAGUGGAAAUUGUUUUAGAAACCCUACGAUGUUAUUUUGUAAAACUGAUAUUACGAAAUUCUGGAUCAGAUGAACAUUAGCUGCUGAUGUUAUCACACCAUUAUCAGUAGACUAAUUGUUGAAUUAAGGGUUUUUGAUAAUUUACUACCCAAGCUAAAGGAUAAACGUUGAAGUAUUGUUGUGUAGAAAUAAAGUAUGAGUAGAAGAUAGAUAAUAUUAAAGAAGAUUUGUAUUAUGUCCAUUAAUAAAUAGAUUAUUAUAAUAGAAAUCAUAAUCUAUAUCAUAAUUAGUCUAAAGAUAUAAUUGCAUGCCAGUAUAUGUACACCUCAUUUUUAUAUUAUCAAUGUCAUUGUUUUAUAAUUUUAAUCAAAUUGCUCCAUUUGUUUUAAGCCAUUUGUUUUUCUUUUUUUAAUUAUGUGUACAUUAUACAUAUUACAUGGAUAUUUUUGUACAUAUAUAAACUUUUUUAACAUUAUUUAUAUGUAAUUCUUUUUAAAAAAUUUGUCAUAACACAAUUAACUCCCACCUUUGUUUGUUAGUAAUAAUUAUUUACAUCCUAGUUCACACAGCACAAAUUCAUUUUAUUACUCAAAUAUGAUAAUCAAAAUACUGUAAUGAUAAUUUAUGGAACAGACCAGGGCUUUCACUUUAGAAUUUUGCCGGUCAUUUAAUUAUUCACUGAUUUUGCUUAGUUCAGAUUAGGAAGAUAUUUUUUUGAAAAGACACUUUUCCCAAUUUUUACACAUAACUAUUCUCAAUUUAACUGUUUUUGUUCUGUUUUAAUUUUGUGCAUGUGAAUUGACUGAUAUGUAAAUUCUCCAGUCAUUUUUACUCCAAGUCAAUCAAGACUGGCAAAUAUGACCAAAAUGGGGGCCCUGGAGCAGACUGUAAUAAUAUCUUGAGGAAUUUUGAACUAUAGUCUAUUUCAAAUAAAUAAAUCACUGUGUGUCUUUGCCGUUUUGCAUUUAUGUCACACUAAAGUUUGUCUAUAGUUUAUUUAUUUACUGAUAUCUAUAAACAUUGAUCAGCAUUAUUUUCGGUAGUUUACAUAUAUCAUUAUGUAUUGAUCAAAUUGUAUUGAUAUUAUGUACGUAUUUCCUGCAUCUUCUACUUAAAACUAUUUGUAUUUAUAUGUGCCAUAUAUUAUAUACUAUUAUAAUGAUAGUGAUGACCUGCGAUUGUUUGUACAAGUUUAAUAGUAUGUACUAACAUUUAUAUACUCAAGUUAUCCUAACAGUUCAAAAGAAACUAACAGCCAACAACAAUAAUAAUAGUGUCCUGUUUAAAUUUCUAUUGUUGUUAAACUGGUGCUUAUUUGCAAUUAAAAAAAAUACUCUCAUUUACCUCAUGUGAAUUUAUUUAAAUCUAUGAAAGGUUUGAAUUUGAUAACAGUGUUAAAAUGUGUAAUUAGAUUAAAUUGUAAAUGUAUUCUGUUGUUGUUCUGUGGUACAUGUAGUUGAACACAAUUAGAAUUACAUUUAAGUACAGGAUUAGUGCUAAAUGUAGAAGUAAUGAUAACUUACUGGUUUAAAUAGUGUUCAAUGUCCUCUUACAAAUCUGUUUCUCUGUGUACUGAACAAUGUUUUGAUUUAAUUACAAAGUUAAUUACUCUGUUGAUGGAAGCAAAACUUAAAAGCCAAACCUUAAUGUGGUUCAUGUGAAAUCCAAAAAAAGAAUGGUUGGUGUUUCUUUAUGAUUUUUUCUUUGUUGCAUAAUGAAAUUUUGUACAUUUAGUUGUCCCCUCCCCCACCCUUUAUUAUGCGAUAUUCAUUAUUUUUCAAAUUAACAGAAGAGUAAAAUGUUCUUGAAUCUCUCUUUAGAAAGUUAAGAGAAAAGAUCUAAUUGAACUAUAAUUUUGGACAUCGAUAUAUGUCUGUCAUUAGUGUAUUUUAUAAUUUUUAUAUCUAAAUAAAAUCUUACUGUAU